ACACACACACACUCACACACUCUCACACACUCACUCACACACUCACGCUCACUCACAGCAGGGAUCGGAUCAACACGAGGGCUCGAUCAUCUCAUCACCCCGAUGUUAGUCCUCUUCUCUACAGAGACAGAGACAUGGCUUCUGCAUCUCUCCUCUUCUUUGUGCUGAUGAUGUCGUCACUUCGUGUUGGAAAGUCAGUCGACAGUCUGUUCACACUGAAAUGUCAGCCAGCAGUUGGAGUCAUGGGUCAGACCACCAUCAUCUCCUGCAGUUUAGAGGUCCAUACAGAAGACAAGCUUAGUAUUAACACUGUGGUUAUAACCAAGUUUGGACAGAAAAAUCCCUGUUUAAUAUUUAACACAUUUGAUAACAUUGUGACUGGAGACCCUCGAUUUCAUGCUGAAAAUGCUCCAUCAUUAGAGCUUCAUAACACCAUGAUCUCAGAUGAAGGUGAAUACAGAUAUUUAAUCAGAACCAGUCUGGGGACUAGGAUCAGCCUGUUCACACUCAAUGUCACAGCCAAGUACUUCCCCCCAGUUAUAACCACCGGGCAGAAGGAGAUAGUGAACGAUGGAGCUGCUGAUCUGUACUGUACAGCUAACGGUGGUUACCCAGCAGGAACCAUCCACUGGUUUGAUCUCAGCAACUCAAACUGGACAAAAAGCGCAAACCUGAGUACAAAACAGGGACACGACCGUCUGUUCACUCUGACCAGCAAACUGACCUUCAGUAAGAUCGACUCUCUCUGGGGACAAUUCAGGUGUGUCGUCCUCAACAGCAGGUAUCAAGAAGAAGGGACGAGCACUUCAGACCUGAAGAUAAAGGAUGUCCCCUGGAACCCCCCCCCAGCACCUGACAGCUCGGUGAAGAACAUCGUUGCUGCUGCAGUAGUGAUCGGGUCUCUCAUCGUCGGCCUCCUGAUCGUUCUCUUAUUAAAGCGAAGACGUUUUCAGCAGCUAAGAAGAGCAUCAGCGGUCCCCAUUCUGAAUGACCAUCAGACAGAAGAUGAUGACUAUGAAGAGAAAGACGCUCUGAACGAUUCAGCUUCAGUUAAUACGGAUGCAGCUGUCGCCGAGCAGAACGUCGCAGUGUAACGUCUGCUUCUGGAUCACCGUGUAAACAUUUAAUCACAUGAUGGAGACCUGAGCUGAGCUCAGUCUUCAGCACACUUUCACUUUCUACAUAAUGCAUUCUUUCUCCUUUAUUAACUCCACAAACGAGUUAGUGUUCAUAGUUUCGGGCUUUGGAAUUAAGCUCCAGGCCGUGGUGACGGUGGAAAGCCCCUGACCUUUAAAAAUAACUGAUGGUAUGUGUAGCUCAAAGUGAAAGCUAAACUGUAAUUGCAACAUGUUGCAUAAUUUCUUUCACUUCUCUUUCAUUUAAAAAAAAAACAUUAUCAGAAUGAUCUAACAGGAAGGAAGGAUCUGAGUGCAGAGAACUCAGCAGUAACAGAUCUUUUGCGAUACCUCCAACGAUGGAGACAUUACCCAGGACGCAGGGCUCAUUCCACACACCGUGGUGUCUGUAAUAAUUAACACAAUUUGGUGAAUAAUAAGCGACAGAGUUAAGAGUUAAUAAGUGUCUGAGGGUCCACCCUGAUCCUGAUGUUCUCUACAUGGAGGUCUAAAGCGUCUGAAACGCACCUUACCUAACAUUUAGAAUCAGGACACACCUGAGAACUGAGCUGCUCUUCUACUUUAUAAAUGUGAAUAGAGAUUGUGUAGAUAAUUACAAGGUGACACGCUAAGUGACCACAAACAAGAACUGGUUUCCCUGAAGCUUCACAACACUACAGGUAACUAUAAACAGAUAAAGUGUACACACUGUAGGAAUAAAGCAGAUCAGCACUAAAAUAUCUGACAGAACAAAAGCUUCUGUAUGACUUUAAUCACAUGAUGGAGACUUGUUCUGAUGUCAGAACACACUGUCUCACUGAACUUUCUGCACACAAUGGAUUCCUUCUCCAUUAUUAACUCCACAAAUGUGUUUGCAGCAGAGAAAGUGUACUGAGGAGCUCAGUGUACUUCUCAUGUGUGUCCAGGUUCUACAGACCCAGACAUAGAGAUCCCACAGAACCCAAAGGAACCGUAAAUCAGAAAACUACAAAUUAAUGAGAGCUGUAACGUGAAUAAAGCGCUUCAGGUAUGGACAGGACGGGUGCUACAGUGAGCUGCUGGAACGUUCAGACAUGAUGAAGCCUUCACAAGCCGCUUCAUACAGCAGCUACGUGCAGUCUCUCUGACUGAAACCCAUUCUGUGAAUGAAAAGUCUUUCACUUCGAGGCCUACACAGGAACCUUCACUAUAAAAUAUAUCACUUUAUUUAGGAGGUAGUAUGAGAUGUCAUGGUCAGUUCAAUCGCAGGAGCUUCUCUAGUGGAUCUCAGGAGCUUCUCUAGACUCAGCUUCAACUAAACCUCUUUAACUGCAUGUGCAAAUCAUUAACACUUCAGUAAGACAGUGCGGUCUGUGCUGAAACAGGAACUUUAGGAAUAGUAAUGCGGAAUGUAUUUAGCACUAAAAUAAUCUUUAUUUUUUUUAUUAUCCUGAAAUUCCUUUUCAGUAAUCACUGUUUAUUAAUGUUGUCUUGAGACAGAAAAUCAUCUUUGUGGAUAAAUACAUAGGACUGUUCAUAUCCACUAUGUUCUUACUCGUGUGUAACUUUAUACUUUGUACUUUACUCUUAAGUAAGUUUGCACUUUUUAUUACUGAGUCCCGUCUGUAGCAGAAGAUUAAACCUCUUUAACCACAUUCACCCUCCAUCUGAUCAGGGGCUUGGUUUGUGUUCAUCAACUCUGUUAUUUACAGGUUUCUCUUUUGUACUUAUUGUGUUUAAUGGAUGUUGGUUUUGUAUGGUUUGUUGUUUGAGAAUGAUUUGAGAUGAAGUGUGUAAUAUGUCACGUGACACGUGUGUAAUUAAAGACAAAAAACAAUAUUAAAUACACAUGAAUCAGA